CCACACACGGGCAGUCAGAGGCCAGACUCCGGAGGUGGAGGACGCGUCGUUCUGGCGUAACGAACUUUGUGAUCUCGUUUCCUCUUUCCUCCUCCUCCCUUCCUUUAUCGAAACGAAACGCAGCUUGGCCUUCAAGAGUCUCGGCGGUGACGGCUACCAGGCAGCUUCGUGUGCCGCCACAACCCAGAGCGAGGCGCGAAACGCGUGUGGGAGUGAAUUUUAUGUUUGCGUGAGUCGUUUCAAAGUCAGGAAGAAGAAAACGAUCACGAGUUUGUGUUGAGUUGUGGGGAGUUUUUCUGAUAGAAGGGAGUGUGUGAAGGAGGGCGUGUAUGCGUGGUGCGAUAAUGCGUGACGGUGUGUGUUUCGGGGCAAGUGCCACGGAGAAGUGAGCGGCGAUGGCUUGUGUGGUGCAGGCGGUGUUGCUGCUGCUCCUGGGGUGCCUCCUAGCAGUGCCAGGCGUCAACUCAGAAGGUCCGCCGGUGCUACGGGAACACCCUAGCAGUGUGGUGGUGCCCCGCAAUGACCCAGCUACUCUCAACUGCGCCGCCUCUGGGGCAGCUCGCAUCAGAUGGUUCCGUGACGGUGAGGAGGUGACCACCUCGCCUCAGGAUCCCCGCGCUCACCGUGUGAUGCUGCCCUCAGGCUCACUCUUCUUCCUCCGUGUCACCUCUACCAGGAGGGACAGUGACGCUGGUACCUACUGGUGCAUUGCCGCCAAUAGGUAUGGUGCCACUCGUUCCCGCAACGCCACCCUUACCGUGGCAAAUCUGGCCACUGAAUUCCAAACCAUGGCAGAGCCCGAGGUGAAGGCCCGUGUGGGGGAUACAGUCAGCUUACCCUGCCGACCACCGAGGGGUGUCCCCCGCCCUGAAGUCACCUGGUUGAGAAACGGGCGCCAGGUGAGCGACUCACGCCGCAUCACCAUCACGGAGGAGGGUGACCUGGUCAUCAGCCAGGCCGUGGAGAAAGACUCGGCUGUCUAUGUGUGUCGUGCUCGAAAUGCUGCGGGAUCCCGCCAGUCUACACCCACAGAUCUAUUCAUCAUGACACCGCCUUGGUUCGAGGAGCGCCCUGCCAACGUGACAGCAGCGUCUGGAGUAGUGGUGGAGCUGGCGUGCAGGGUACAAGGAUCUCCAUCACCUGUAGUAACUUGGCGGAGGCUUGACGGCAAGAUGCCAAUAGGACGCGCCACAGUGGAAGAACAGCGGUUAGUAUUGCCAGAAGUGACGGCAGCAGACUCCGGCGUCUACGUGUGUGAGGCAGAGAGCGAGGCAGGCAGGGCCUCUGCGAAGGUCACACUGACUGUGGUUGAUGCUCCUGAGCUGACACAGCGGCCUCAGCACCUUCAGGUCAUGGCGGGGGAGGACGCAAGAAUCUCAUGCCGCGUGGAAGGAGAGCCGCACCCGAUGGUGGUGUGGCGCCUCCCCACACUAGACAGAACCGCUCUCCUUGCUCCCGCCCAGAGCAGUGGCCGGGCCUCCGUCAGCAAGGACGGGCACACUCUUCAGCUGCGACAGGCGGCCACCGAGGACAGUGGCACCUACUACUGCUGGGGCGUGAGCAGCGGCGGCGGCGUGAGCGGCUGGGCGGAGGUGGUCGUGGUGCUGGCCUUGCCUCCGCCAGUGGUGGGUGUGGGUCCUCAAGACCAGAAGGUGGCUCCUGGGGGCACUGUCACCUUCCGCUGUGAGGUGGUGAGUGAGGCGGCCGAGGCCCGGGUCACCUGGCACUACCGGGCCGCCACGCACCUUCCAGCACGCUCAAUCUCACAAGGUACCGAUCCUCGCUUCUCCCUGCCCGACAACGGCGCCCUCAUCAUCAAGGAUGUGCGUCCGGACGACGCUGGCGUUUACUCCUGCCACGUGGAGGCGUCGACGGGCAGCGCGGAGCAGAGUGCAGCACUGCGUGUGUCUCAGGACGCAGGGGACAGCGAGCCCCUGCCGCUGCUGCCGGCGCCGCCCACCAAGCCUCGGGUGGUGGAUGUGAACCAGACGGCGGUGCAGCUGAGCUGGCUGCCUAACUCGCAGGAGGGCGGGGAGUGGGCGCAGUGGUACUCAGUGGAGUACUGGCGCCGUGGCUGGCCGGAGUGGCGCGUGGCCGACGCUGUCACCACGCAGGAAUCGUGCGUGGUGGAUCAGCUUAUUCCCGGGCACACCUACACCUUCCUGGUGCGCGCCGUGAGCAGCCGCGGCGCCUCCUUCCCAAGUCCGUGGUCAGAGCCCGUCACCGCCAGGCCGCGCCGUGAAUCAGGGCUUGAUGCAGACCAGCUGCGACAGGCGCGCCGCCGCCUCUCCCGUCCCGUGGUCGCCCUCAGCGGGGCGUCUGCCACCGCUCCCGACAGUGUGCUGCUGAACUGGGAGUUCCUGGCACCGGGUGAGGGUGCGGUGGAGGGCGUGUUGGUGUACUCUGUGAGGGAGGGCGGUGGCGUGCAGGUGGCCACCGUGCUGGGUGCCUCCUCCUCCUCACACGUGGUGCGCGACCUGCAACCCUUCACGUCCUACACCUUCUUCGUGGUGCCCUUCUGGCGCAGCGUUGAGGGCACGCCUUCCAACUCCUACUCACUCACCACUCCCGAGGACGUACCGCUGGAGGCGCCCAGUGACGUGCGUGUGGCGCGGCGACAGGAGGGCUCGGUCCUUAUCCAGUGGGCGGGGGUGGAAGGCGAGGCGGUACGUGGGCGACUGCAAGGAUACCGCGUGACGCUGAGCCACAACGGCAGCCACAGCACGGAGACGGUUGCAUCGCCCUGGAUGGAGGCAACAGGUCUACUGCCGGGCCGUCUCUACACUGUAAGGGUAGCGGCUCUCAACGGGGCAGGGCCUGGGCCUUCCAGUGACCCCGUGCUACUCGACACCCGCAGCACUGACGAGGCAUUAGCGGCAGAGGAAGGCGCUGGCUCUGUGCUGUACGCGCCACCCCAGCCUGCUUGGUUAGCCUUUCUUUUGGUGCCUCUUCUGGUGGUGGUCUUUUUAGCAACUCCGUGGUAUGUGAGACGGGUGAGGCAUAAAGCAGCUCCUUCAGACCCGCCCCAUGCUCCCUCCCUUUAUCAGGACCCGUCCCUCUGCCCCGACCACCAUUCCGUCAACAUGUAUAGUGAGCACAAACUGUGGCGGCCCUCAGAAAGCGAUAAGGACUCCAGCCUGUCAUCGACUCGCCUCCUCCGGCCAGACCAGCUAGCAAAUGAGUACGCCGAACCUCGAGUGCAGCGGCCUAAUGAAGCCACGGAACCUUACGCUACCACGGCCCUACUGGCGCCGCCCUCGCCACGCCUGAAACAGGCUGUACCUUGGCGUCACCACAGCGAUGAUUCUGGCGUACAGGUCAACUGGGCUGCUAUCCUUCCACCGCCUCCAGCCUGUCCGCCUCCUCCGGACCUUGAUUUAGGCGACCCUAGCAAUGGAGGCGCAAGGAGAGUGUGCUCUGCAACCUCGCAAUACGAUAACAUGGGAGGAUCAGAUAACUAUGGGAGGCCGUGUGACGCUGCCUCAGAACAUACUUACGAGGCGUACACACAAGUGACGCCCACAGAUGGUCGUGAGACUUUCCUCACUUUCAACACACUUCAAGGCCCAGGCUGCAGACAAGUACAGGUGGAGUGCCACCCGCCCCAGGCAGAGUCUCCUCGCAACAACACUCACUAAGAGAAAUACGAGACUCAGACACUUGGUGCUACAUUUCCUGUUGGUGGGUGACAAGUGCCUCAGUGAACAUCAUUGGCGCCGGGCAUCCGUGUAGCGGCGGUGUGUUGCUGGGGCACGUCCUCCCCUCCACCAAACUACGAGGUAAAGCCCACCUCGCCCGCCCCGUCCUUUAUCCCCUCGUCUGUGCCCGCCCAUUAGUUCAGUGCAUUGUGCCCUAGCAAUACUCCCUUCACAUCUUAGUGACACCCCAGUCCCUAGUGACAUACCCUCCACACCUUAGUGACACACUCUCCUCGCUACGCUUACCACACCCUGCCGCUGACGUUGAGUGAUAUUGUUUAUAUUGAGGUGCCAAAAGAGGCCAGAAAAAAAAAAACUGUUUAGGACUCUGGCAUGUGUUUAUAGUGCUAGUCAUUUGUUUAUAUAUGUACAGAGUAUUAUAUUUUUUUAUUAAAAGAUGUUCUCGUAAAAA